AACAACCACGUCGUCUCGUCGUGCGAUUCCUUCCCAUAUAUUAUCCGGACUCGCAGCAUCCGCACGGUUCAGUCGACGGUUGGAUGGCACGGCGAUCGGUCCGGUUCUUUCCUGUCUGCGUACCGGGUUCCGGUGAGACUCGCGCGUGUAAAAUCAGUGUGUGUCGGAUCUAAUUGGGACAUUGAACUUGAAGUUUUUGGUUGUGAGUUUCCCCGCACUUGAGUUUACUUCCGACACCUUAAAGUGGGAUAGACCGUUCCGGCGGAACUUGGUGCGACUUAAAGUGAACGCAGAACUGUCAGACUAUCGUCAAUUCCCUUUUGUGCGGUUGUUCGUGGUAGUCUAAGUGGGUGAAUGCAAUCAUCGGUGAUUCCCUUUUGUGCGGUGCUUCGUCACACCGCGUGAACACUAGUCAGCGCAAGCAACGCUUGCUACGAUUGUGUUUGUUCUAAGAAAGGCAUCGUAACAGCCAAGAAAAUGGGGGAAAUAAUUCCACCCCUUUCAAAGCGUUUGUGAAAAAAAAGAAGACCAUUUCCCGAGAAAAUGUGCCUUUUGGCGCUGGAAGAUAAAAGGCGACCGCUCUGAUCAAAUAAAGGAAUAUUUCGGUUUGAAUAGUGUUCGUUUGAGAAAAUCGCCUGCCUUCGAGUGUGUGUGAGGCUUUGUUGUGGCACAUAUUUUCCAGACCGUGACGACGUGACGUGCUUCCGUUGAUGUGACAACACUUUGUGCGGCCUGAAGGCGAUUACCGCCGUUGAAGUCUUUAAUCGGAAGGACUUGUGCCUUGAAGUGUUUGUUUGUGCUAGGCCCCGUCAGAGGAUACAUUUUUUUUUUAUUUUUUGUUGUGGAAAGCUGAUGCAACAAGAAAAGGCAGUUGGCAGCCUUUUAUGCAAUAGAGGCGUAGUGAGUGCAUGGCGACAGUGCACAACUUUUAAGUAGGACAUCAAAAAGGUGCAUGUUAGUUUGUAAUAAGUGGAAUACUCGUAACUACAAUUGUAAGGAUUUAUCGAAAAUAAAUGUGCUCCAAGGGUAGUUAAGACUUAAUUGACAAGCUAAGGGACACAACUUCCAAAAUCGCUUAUGGCCAAUGGAAGCAACCUGCCGGAAAUGUCGCACCACCUCGUCCACCGCUCCACCCCGUCGGAGUAAUGUUGGCCAACCUGGGCGUGGCGACCGCCGUGACGACCGCGAGUCCCACGGGCAGCAGCCCGACCGGCACUAGUUCAGCGGGGACGUCCGCCACCUCCCCCAGCAACGUCAGCGGCCACAAUGUCAGCGGGUUCCUCAUGCCGGUCAUCAUCGUGGCCACGGGAACGACAACGACGGCGGCGAUCGUCCCGGGACCAGACCAGUGGCCACCGGGGGACCUGAUGCCGCCGUGGGCGUACGUCGCCACCGCAGUCGUGCUCUUCUUCAUCGGAUUUUUCGGGUUCUUCCUGAACCUGUUUGUGAUAGCACUCAUGUGCAAGGAGGUGCAGCUUUGGACCCCGAUGAACAUCAUCCUGCUGAACCUGGUGUGCUCGGACUUUUCCGUCUCGAUCGUCGGCAAUCCGUUCACGCUGUCGUCGGCCAUCUCGCACCGGUGGCUGUUUGGCCGGAAGCUGUGCGUCGCGUACGGCUUCUUCAUGUCCCUGCUGGGCAUAACGUCGAUCACGACGCUGACGGUGCUGUCGUACGAGCGGUUCUACCUCAUCAGUCGGCCGUUCUCGUCCCGGAGCCUGUCCCGGCGGGGGGCGCUCGGGGCCGUCCUGCUCAUCUGGUGUUACUCGUUUGCCUUAACCUCGCCGCCCCUCUUCGGGUGGGGUGCGUACGUCAACGAGGCGGCCAACAUCAGCUGCUCCGUCAACUGGGAAACGCAAACCCUGAACGCCACCACCUACAUCAUCUAUCUGUUUGUGUUUGGCCUGGUGGUGCCCCUGACGGUCAUCGUGUACAGCUACACCAACAUCAUUGUCAACAUGAAAAAGAACGCAGCCCGCGUCGGCCGGAUCAACCGGGCGGAGAAGCGAGUCACGACGAUGGUGGCCGUGAUGGUGAUCGCCUUCAUGGUGGCCUGGACGCCGUACUCGGUGUUUGCCCUGAUGGAGCAGUUCGGCCCGCCGGAUGUGAUCGGGCCCGGGCUGGCCGUGUUGCCAGCGCUGAUCGCCAAGUCCAGCAUCUGCUACAAUCCGAUCAUCUACGUCGGCAUGAACACGCAGUUUCGGGCGGCGUUCAACCGGGUUCGGAACCACGACCCGGGCGACAUGGCCAACACGACGACCAACCAGAAGGAACUGACGCGGAGCAGUCGGGACGUGGCGAGCGUGGAUUGUAGUUUUGACUUUUGCCGGAAGAAGAACCGGCUGAAGAUGAAGCUGCACAACAGCAUCCAUCGGAGUGCGGCCAUCAAGGCGGGUCGAUCGCAGUCGCCGCAUUCGGAAAGCGAACGGAGCAGCAGCGGGGCCACCCAGGAGCGGUCAACGCGGGUGCAGACCAUGCUGAACGCCACCGUUGACUCGAGGUCAAUCAGUGGCAGCACGGGCAAACUGAUGAAGUCCGACUUUGAGCUGUCCGUUAUCAACAGCGGAUCCCUCGGGUUAGAUAGGAGGACGCAUGGUCGGAUUGGGCAGUUGACUGAAUCGGUCGUAGUGUAGUUUAAACACUGUUGAAUUCUAAGUACUACUUCUAAAUUUAUUAAAUCUAGCAAAAAUCAUUCCCAGUGUAAUUAUAUUUUUUAUAUUCUGUAUUCAGAAACGUCUUCUUCUAACCAGACUGUCUCCGUCUUACAACGAUAAAUUGACGCAACUUCGACGAAAUAGAUUUAAAAAGCCCUUUUACGUGUAUCAUUCCAAAAAUCAUUAUCAUUUAAAAGUGUAUCGAUGAAUGUCUAACCACCACGAAGUUACACCACAGAUAACAGACGAAAUCUUUUGCCACUCGGAAAACUAGCUCCUUAAAAUUUAUCAGCAAUAACGUCAUGAUCGAAAACUGGACUCUAAAUUUUUGUAACAAACAAUAAAUAAAAAAAAAUAUUGCAAAAUUAGAUAAUGGUAAUUUCAUGUUCAAUUUUUGGACACGAUGUACUGGCUGAUUAGAAAUCUAGACAGCUAUUUAAGCUUAAAUUUUACUCAAAACCGGACUCAACUUUAACUGAACGGCAAUUUUUGGAUCUAAACAUCAUUCAAAGAAUUCGGAAUCAUACAUUUCUUCCUAAAAUUUCUUGAAUUCUUUUUUCUUUCCCCAAGCACUUAUUUUCGGGGGAAUGAAAGUAUAAAUUCAGGAAAUUCAAAAUAUCAAAUAAAAAACCGAAUUUCUAGAAAUCAAGUAUUUUGAAAUCAAGAAAUCCCAAAUUUUAAAAAUUCUACACAUUCUGAAAAUUGUAUAAAUUGUGUGAAUUUUUUGUUUAACGUGUUUGAGUUCAUAAAAAUUGUGAAUUUAAGAAAACAAAAUACGUUUUUUUUUUGUCAAAAACUAUUCUUGAACUUAUAUGAAGAAUAAAUAAUUAUGAAAUAAAAAAUCACAACCAAAUUCUAAAAUUUAAAUUUCUAAGAAAUUUAAAAAAACCGGAGAAAAUUGUAAAAUUCAAUAGAUAACUCUAAUUGAAAUAAAUAUCAGCUGAAAUUGAAAAGAAAAAAUCAUUAU